AGAUAUUUUGAUUUACCAUAAUGGAGACAUCUGCUUCAAAAUCAGUUACAUGUCAGAUUGUGAGAUGCAGGCUUCAGAAGAGGCUGAGAUUGAAACAAGGUCAAUGAUCAGAUGGGCAACAGCACAUACUUUUCAUCCUUGGAGGAGGCAAAUAAAUCCAGUAGAAAUUGGCUCCAAGCAAUUGAACAACUUCAUCUUCUGAGGUAUGAGAGUAAAAUCUUGAUUAAAAAGAGCAGUUUACUACUUUUUUAGAACAUUCGUAAGCAUGAAAAUUAAGCAUAUAACAAUCUUUUGAUAUUUAGAUUUGACCAUUUUAUAGUUUGUUUAGUCAUCAAUUAAUUAAUAUGUAUAUGAACAGGCCAUAACUAGCUAACCUAAAGGUUCACCAGCCAAGCCUAAACUACCAUGUUGGGAGUUCAACUCCUGCCUUUGGCUUGGGAACCUACAAUUCCUCAUGUUUAAAAUAAUAAUAAAAUGAUGGGAUAAUGGUAUAUAUUGCUCUCUUCUUUAUGCAAUUGCCACUGACAGAGUUCAGGUAAAAGAGGAGCUCGAAGAAACAAUCCUAUUAGAUGGAUGCAUGCAAAUGGAGAAGACACAUGCAUGUUUACCUUCCCAAGUGUGCUUUGGGUUUGUCUUGCAGAAAUCCUCCAAGGGAUCACCACUUCCUGCAGCAGGCAUGCCGGGCCACUUGUUUGCUACAAGAUGUGCCAAAUCAACAACCCUUUGGCUGCAAUUAUCCAUCAUAUUAUUGUUAAUAACUAGCCACCACCUUAAUCAUGUCAUCUCCCAUUACCGUGGUUAGUGAAGAGUCAAUGGUAGAAGAAACAUCACUGCACCUGAAGUCCACUGACAUGAGGAACAUCACAGACGGCCAAUUUGCCAAUCAAUGGCUCCUCAGCUGCCUUUUUAAAAGCAGCAUUGACACACUCAGCUGUAAACCCCCCCUUCUUAACAUUCACAACGAGGUCAACAACUGAAACAUUUGGUGUUGGUACACAGAGUGCAAUACCGUUGAGCUUGCCCAUUAGCUGGGGUAGCACAAGAGAGACAGCCUUGGCUGCAUUGGUACUCAUUGGGACUAUGUUUAAUGCUGCAGCCCUAGCUCUCCUCAAGUCAGGUGUGAAGCAUCCAAGAGCCUCUGCAUGAUCACAAGCAGCAAUUUGGUCUUCUUUUUUCAAAUAGAUCUCCAACUUUUCUAUUGGAAUUCAUUUGGAAUUCAAAGUUCUUUAAAUUAGCUUAAGCUCUACAUCCAAGUAGUAUUUUGGGAAGUGCAAGUACCUGGUCUCCAGUGUAUGAAUGGGUGGUUGUCAUUGUUCCCUUGACAAUUCCUGCACAGUUUCAAACUCUCAAUGAAGUCAAGGAAAGUUCAUAACUGUGGUUAUAUGAAAUUUGCCUGAACCGAAUGGGUUUACAUCAGAUUGAAUGUGAAGAAGUGCUUACCCAAUUCUUUAUCCAUGACUUUUACAGAAGAAGCCAAACGAUUUGUGGUGCAAGAGGCAUUACCGCAUUGACCGAAAUUGAUCCACCUAUAAAUUACAGCAUCAAGA